AUGGAGUUCACAUUGCUUUGUAACAUUCGAGGUCCGUGCAAUGCGAGCGUUUCUAUACGACUUCGGCUACUGCAUGUCUGGCCGGCGAAUUCUCCAGGAGAUAUCAGGAUCUAUAAUGACUGUACUCUUUGGGCCGACAAAACGGGCACUCUGAUUCAUGGCGUCUCGCCAACUUCAAUGGCAGUUGGGAUUCGUCGUAACCUCUCUGUUGGCAAGAUAUACGUCUUAAAGUCCUUUGGCCUGAGCAACCCGCCGAAUCAGUAUCGGCUGUGUUCCUUUGAUUUGGCUUUGGGGCUUUCGCCUUCGACUUCUUUCCAGGACUGUGUUCUUCCUGCUGAGAGUUUCCCGGUUGAUGCUUACGAGUUUGUGCUUUUCUCCUAG